UUCCAGAGUCCACCAUGAAGAGAUUCCUGGUGCUUUGUGACUGCUUCUGGGCCUGGAGCCUCCUCCUAAAUGCACUGACUGAAAGAAGCUAUGGACAAACCUCAUCACAAGAUGAGCUCAAGGACAACACCACAGUGUUCACCAGAAUAUUGGAUCGCCUUCUGGAUGGCUACGACAACCGCCUGAGACCAGGACUGGGAGAGCGUGUAACUGAAGUGAAGACUGACAUCUUCGUCACCAGUUUUGGGCCUGUUUCAGACCAUGAUAUGGAAUACACUAUAGAUGUAUUUUUCCGCCAAAGCUGGAAAGAUGAGAGGUUAAAAUUCAAAGGACCUAUGACUGUUCUCCGGUUAAAUAACUUAAUGGCCAGCAAAAUUUGGACGCCUGAUACCUUUUUCCACAAUGGAAAGAAGUCAGUGGCUCAUAACAUGACAAUGCCAAAUAAACUAUUACGAAUUACAGAGGAUGGGACGUUGCUAUACACAAUGAGAUUGACUGUGAGAGCAGAAUGUCCAAUGCAUUUAGAAGACUUUCCUAUGGAUGCACAUGCUUGCCCCUUGAAAUUUGGAAGCUAUGCUUACACCAGAGCAGAGGUUGUGUAUGAGUGGACGAGGGAGCCAGCCAGGUCCGUGGUUGUGGCUGAAGACGGCUCCCGACUGAACCAGUACGACCUGCUUGGACAAACUGUGGACUCUGGGAUUGUGCAGUCCAGUACAGGGGAAUAUGUGGUUAUGACUACACAUUUCCAUUUGAAGAGGAAGAUUGGUUACUUUGUCAUCCAGACCUACCUGCCGUGCAUCAUGACAGUGAUCCUGUCACAGGUGUCCUUCUGGCUCAACAGAGAAUCUGUCCCAGCAAGAACUGUCUUUGGAGUGACAACGGUGCUGACCAUGACUACCCUGAGCAUCAGCGCCAGGAACUCCCUGCCCAAGGUGGCCUACGCCACGGCCAUGGACUGGUUCAUCGCCGUGUGCUACGCCUUCGUCUUCUCGGCGCUCAUCGAGUUCGCCACCGUCAACUACUUCACCAAGAGGGGCUACGCCUGGGACGGCAAGAGCGUCGUUCCCGAGAAGCCAAAGAAAGUGAAGGAUCCUCUCAUCAAGAAAAACAACACAUACACAGCUGCAGCUACGAGCUACACCCCUAAUAUUGCAAGGGACCCUGGGCUGGCAACCAUUGCUAAAAGUGCAACAAUUGAGCCCAAAGAAGUUAAGCCAGAAACAAAACCUGCAGAACCCAAGAAAACUUUUAACAGCGUCAGUAAAAUUGAUCGGCUAUCGAGAAUAGCCUUCCCACUGCUUUUUGGAAUCUUUAAUUUAGUCUAUUGGGCUACCUAUUUAAACAGGGAGCCCCAGCUGAAAGUGCAAACUCCACAUCAAUAA